AUGCCUUCCCCCACGCUUGGCCGGAGUCAGCCGUCCCUGGAUAGAGAAGGCGAGCUGGACUUUGAUGUGGGCUUUGACUCUAUCCCAGAGGCCACAAGCGGACCCAGCACCCCCUCUGGCAGCCUCGUGGGCCCCUCCGCACUGCCCUCCCGCUGCACGUCGGUGGAGCCCAGCCCCGGAAAGGCCAUCAGCCUGCUGAGGGCCACCGAGGAUGUCCUGCCCCCAGAGCCGGUGGUGGAAAGCACCGCCUAUGUGUCUGAAGCCACGACUCAUGCCGAGACGAGGACCUCUGCCCAGGCAUCAACAUCGGGCAGGAAGCUGGGACCAGCUGAUUUCGAGCUGCUGCGAGUGGUGGGCCAAGGUGCCUUUGGCAAGGUGUUCCAAGUCCGGAAGCGUGACACGCAGGAGAUCUUUGCCAUGAAGGUCAUGCGCAAGGACAAGAUCAGGGAGCGCGACCAUGGCUCCUAUGUCCAGGCAGAGAGGGAUGUGCUGACCGGGGUCAUUCACCCCUACAUUGUUACCCUCCGCUACUCUUUCCAGACCCCGCUCAAGCUGUACCUGGUCCUGGACUUCAUCAACGGCGGGCACCUCUUCUUCCAGCUGUAUCGCGCAGGGACAUUUGACGAGGCGCAGGCACGCCUGUACACCGCCGAGAUCGUGCUGGCCAUCGCCCACCUACACAGCCUCGGAUUUGUGCACAGGGACCUGAAGCCGGAGAAUGUGUUGCUGGACUCCACGGGCCACCUGCGUAUCACCGACUUUGGGCUGGCCAAGGGGGGCAUGGGGGACGAGGAGCACCAGCGCAGCAACUCCUUCAUCGGCACCAUGGAGUACAUGGCGCCGGAGGUCAUCCUGGGCCAUGGGCAUGGCAAGGCCGUGGACUGGUGGAGUGUGGGCAUCCUGCUGCAUGAGAUGCUGUGCGGGGUGCCGCCCUUCCGCGCCAAGUCGCGUCCGGCCCUCCAGAAGGCCAUCACCACCGCCAAGUUCAAACUGCCGAGCUACCUGAGCACGCCCGCCGCCAACCUGGUCAAGGCCCUGCUCCAGAAGGACCCCACCAAACGCCUCGGGUAUGGCCCCGCUGGCAGCGCGGACAUCAAGGCGCACCCCUUUUUCAGGUCCAUCAACUGGGGCCUGCUGGAGCAGCGCAAGGUGGCGUCGCCCUUCCUGCCCAGCGUGAGCCACGUGGAGAGUGUGGAGAACUUUGACCGCAUCUGGACAGACCUGCCGCCACAGGACUCGCCGUGCGUCACUCCCCGUGAUGGAUCCCUGAGCGUCGAUGACAAUCUGUUUGUGGGUUUCACCUAUGUGGCACCCUCGCUGCUGGCCAACCUGAAGCUGGCAGACCUACCGAAGAACCCCGAAUCACGCAGUUAG